AUGGUGGUUUCAGCAAGGGUCGAGACCUUAGCAACAAGUGGGAUUCACCAAAUCCCAAAAGAAUACAUUCGUCCACAACAUGAACUCAAAACCAUCACCAACAUCUUCCAUGACCAAAAUGACCCAAAUGCCCCUCAACUCCCAACCAUCGACUUAAACCACAUCCAUUCCCAAGACCUGGAAACCCGACAAAAGUGUCGUGAUGAGCUCACGAAGGCCGCCACCGUGUGGGGCGUUAUGCACCUCGUCAACCAUGGAAUCUCCGGUGACUUGAUCCGUCGUGUUAAGGCUGCGGGGGAGAGUUUCUUCGAUCAGCCUGUGGAAGAGAAGGAGAAGUAUUGUAACGAUAUCGCUUCGGGGAAGAUUCAAGGAUACGGGAGUAAAUUGGCUAACAAUGCUUGCGGACAACUCGAAUGGGAAGAUUACUUCUUCCAUCUCGUCUUCCCUGAGGAGAAACGCGACUUGACCAUUUGGCCAACGACGCCGGAUGAUUACAUCCCGGCGACCACCGAGUAUGCUAAGCAACUACGAGCACUCGCUACCAAGAUCCUCUCGGUUCUAUCUCUCGGGUUGGGACUCGAGGAGGGGAGGCUAGAGAAGGAGGUCGGAGGGAUGGAAGAGUUACUUCUUCAACUAAAGAUCAACUACUACCCGAAAUGUCCACAACCCGAGCUAGCACUCGGUGUUGAAGCUCACACAGACGUGAGUGCACUCACGUUCAUACUCCACAACAUGGUCCCCGGGCUCCAACUCUUCUAUGGCGGACGAUGGGUGACGGCAAAAUGCGUGCCGGACUCCAUCAUCCUCCACAUUGGUGACACCAUUGAGAUCCUUAGUAACGGAAAGUAUAAAAGCAUCCUCCAUAGAGGGCUUGUGAAUAAGGAGAAGGUUAGGAUUUCUUGGGCAGUUUUCUGUGAACCGCCCAAGGACAAGAUCAUCCUGAAACCACUACCGGAGACGGUUUCUGAGGAGGAGGAGCCACUCUUUCCGCCACGGACCUUCCACCAGCAUAUGGAACACAAGUUGUUUAGGAAGAACAAUGAUGCAGUUGAUCCAAAAUGA